GCGAUCCAAAACGUGCCGCCACAAUCAUCUCUCCAGCUCGAGUUUCUGAGCUCCUGAAACGCGACUUUUCCAAAAAAAGACACUCAAGAAAGAAGCAACAAAGAAAUAAUUCCCGGUCGACAACUCAACGAUUUUCGUUAUUAUGUACCGCGGGGUUGAAUAAGUUUGUGCUCCGUUGUCCGUUUUUCCGGGUAGUUUCGACGCUCGGUAAAAUGUAACUGUGCGUCAUCGUUCAACAGUCGAGCGAAGAUGACAGCCGAACAGAAGGAAGUGGACGUAAAGAUUCCGGAUUGAGCGACCGAAACCUAUCAAAUAAAAACGAUGACAUGAUCUCAACAAUCGUGUCCCUAACAACGACAUCGACGGCGUUCAAUGCGACCCCCCUGUUCCUGGACGCGGACACCACCUCCCCCAAUUUCCUCUACACCCCCACGUCCGAUCUGCUGUACAAUGACACGAACGCGACCAACGUCACCGACCACGGUCCGCCCGUCUUCCCCAGCUACAUCCGGACGACCUCCAUAGUGUUCUGUGUCAUUAUCAUGUGUCUGGGUGUCGUCGGUAACGUGAUGGUGCCGAUUGUGAUAUUCAAGACGAAGGAUAUGCGCAACAGUACCAACAUUUUCCUGGUGAACUUGAGCGUCGCCGACCUGAUGGUGCUGCUGGUCUGCACGCCGACCGUCCUGGUCGAGGUCAACUCCAAGCCCGAGACCUGGGUGCUUGGACGAGAAAUGUGUAAGGCCGUGCCAUUCGUAGAGCUGACGGUGGCCCACGCUUCAGUUCUGACAAUACUUGCCAUAAGUUUCGAACGUUACUACGCCAUAUGCAAACCUCUGAAGGCCGGCUACAUCUGCACGAAGGCCAGGGCUUCGUUGAUCUGUCUUCUGGCAUGGUUCAUCGCCGCCGUUUUCACCAGCCCGAUUUUGGCCAUAACCCAAUACGGAGACGAGCGUUACUACGAUGGCACGAUGGUGUUCGUGUGCUUCAGCAUGGCAGAAGACCUACUACCUUGCUUGUUCUUCAUCGGUUCCAUCGUAAUUUUCUUCAUUUUUCCUCUAGUCAUCCUCAUUUGUAUAUACGUACUCAUUGCCAAAACUUUAAUGGACCAUCCUACUUCUAUGAUUACUUGUAAAUCCACAAAUCUGCCCUCACAAAGUGUUAUAAAGUACAGGAAACAAGUUAUUCUGAUGCUAGGCACUGUAGUACUGGCGUUCUUCAUUUGUCUGUUGCCAUUUCGAGCCCUAACAUUGUGGAUCAUCAUCGCCCCCGCCAGUUCCAACUUCGAAAUAGGUUUCGAAAGCUACUACAACAUCCUUUACUUCUCACGCAUCAUGUUCCACAUAAAUUCGGCCGUCAAUCCGAUUUUGUACAACAUAAUGAGUUCGAAAUUUCGUGACGGUUUCCUGAAGGUAUGCGGAGUGGUAAACCUCAGAAAACGUCUAAGACGGAAAGUCCAAAUUACCAGGAGAAACACGACCAGUUCCACAACCCACACAUCGUCGCAACAAACAUCCGAUUCCUUCCUGAGCAGCAAAAGACAACACGGAAAGUACACCAACAGUUUGAGGAGUGUCAGAGAAGUGCCGACAUUCGGAGAGUCGUCCAAGAACAAUAACAGGAUUAAUGAUCCGGUAAAGUCGGUGUAUAUAAGGGCGCCAGUAGAAAUUGUUAACAGUAUAAGUGGCCAGAAACUGCCCAAUGGAGAGAUAUACGUUUGAGUAUUCCUCUGUUUUUUCUUUUCAUAAGACUGUACUUAGGAUUGUACCACUGUUCAUUUCCAUUGGACUUGUUGAUCUGAUGAUGGACAAUAAAAAAGAGAUCAAACUAGACAAUUAAAAUUAUUAUUUAUUGUUGGCUUGAUUUUAUGGUACAGCUCCGAUUGUUUUUUAUAGGUGCUUGUUAACAUUUAUUGAUUACACUUAAAAUGUGCCUUGAAAUCCGAGAAUUAAAUGACGAACUAAAAAAAGACUCUAAACGUAGAUAAUUUAUAAAAAUGACAUUACGAAAAUAAUAUAACGAACAAUGGAUGGAAACGAACAGUAUUUAGCUCUAUUUAUUUAUACAAUAAUAGUCUAGAACAAAGUAAUAUAUUUUAUUAUAUCAUAGAUUCGAUAUAAGCUACAUGGUUGUUAGUCAUUAGCAUUAUGUACUUCUUAUGUAUAUGUAUAGGUUUUAUAAAUAAAUUUGUUGAUUUUAUCGUA